AUGGCCAAGAUCCCGAGGAGCUUCCGUCUCCUCGAGGAGCUCGAGAAGGGCGAGAAGGGGCUUGGCGACGGCUCCUGCAGCUACGGUCUCAAGGACGGCGAGGACCUUUCGAUGAAGGAGUGGAACGGCACGAUCCUCGGCCCGCCUCACUCGGCCUACGAGAACCGCAUCUUCAGCCUCAGCAUCUACUGCGGCGACAAGUACCCUGACCUCCCACCCGUCGUCAAGUUUGAGAGCCGGAUCAACCUCCCAUGCGUUGACCAGCAUGGCCUCGUGGACCUCGCGCGCGUGCGCUCGCUCCAGCAGUGGCGCCGUGACUACAGCCUCGAGAAUGUGCUUGUCGAGCUUCGCCGUGAGAUGGCGUCGCCGUCGAACCGCAAGACGCAUCAGCCACCCGAGGGCUCCGAGUUUCCCCCGCUUGACAUUGCUGCCGUUGCCCGCCAGCGCGGGGUUUAG